CAUUUGUUCGAAGAGAGAUUGGUAAUAUUAACUAAACAAUAAUUUAUCCCUCUACUGAAAAACUUCUUCAUCUGGACUUCAUCUUGAACUCAGCACAAACAGAUGAUCGACAUCUACUACCACCAUCGUCAACUUCAGAGUCAAUAUCCUUCUAUUUAGAGUACACAUAGUCAGCACUGAAUAACAUUUAUACAGCUUUUCCCCAAGCCUGAUUUACAAGUCAAAAUGGCUGCUGAAAAUAACUGCGGGACUGACGGUGUGUUUCGCAUUUCAACCGAACGUGUCGGCUUUCUCGUGACCGGCAAUAUGACAUGCUUGUGAUCAAGAGCGCAUAUUUCUUUAUCAGUAUAAUGGCAUGUGAAGCCUUUUGUUCUUGGAUGUAUUAGGUAACCUUCGAAUCGACCGAAACCUCAGCUCAACAGUUCACUAAGUCAGAAAAACAGUGGAAGUAAUAAACCAAAAACAAACAAAUGGUUGAUUGCACGGAUGGGUCUUUCGUGAGAGCCUCUGUUCACUGACUGUGUUGAUUUCAUAUUGUUCGAGAACUUUUCUUUCUUACAACUACGUCAAGUUUAUUCAAGAGUAAACUUUAGAAUCCGCCCGUUCCGGAGGAAACAACACUCACAGUGGUCAUGUAAAUAUGAGCCAAAAUUUGUUUGGGUUCAAACACAUUCAACCAUAUUUCUCAGUUUGUUUAGCCUGCGAAUACAGCUGGCUCUCGCCCGCGCGCUCGGCCGCAUUGGGCUGUGUUCUCACGCUACCUUUUGUUGGUGAAUGUUACCCACCCUACCUGGGUGUAUGAAUUGACUCGUUUGUUUUGUUGUUGUUUGUUCCUGGAGCAACUGCACAAUACAGGGCCACUUUUAAAGGUGCAUAAAUUUAGUGGCUAGUUUGACUCCUUUGGCUCGGGAGUGGAUAAAAGAACGAGGAAUAAUCUAUACAUGCGUUAAAUCCUAGGUCUUUAUAUUUAAUGGCUCGUUUGGCUCGGGAGUGGAUAAAAGAAUGUAGAAUAAUUUAUAUAUGCGUUAAGUCCUAGGUCUAUAUAUUUAGUGGCUCGUUUGGCUCGGCAGUGAAUGACAAAGGAGACCCACAGGAGCAAACGAGCCAAACGAGCGACCAACGAGCGCUGUUGGUGAAAUCGAGAGUGACCUGUCUUGCUCAAACUACAACAUAGAGGGCCUCCCACAGGGAUACAAUUAGGUUCUCUUGAUCUCUUUGUAAUUUCACAUUUUGCUAAAGUUUCCGUUAUAGGAGAAAAAAAUAAGAUUACAGCUGCUAAAUUGGUUUGUGCCAAAAGAAGGCAACAGAUACGUCAUCAUAAGAUGGUUAUUGGAAACUUGAUAUGAAAAAGGGGCAACAACAACAAAAAUACUCUGAAUAGGACAGGGACUGAAAAUAAAACAAAGAGACAACGCUUUUUUACGAAAACAGCUGAAAAAUAAAAAUGGUUUUCGACCAGGGACAAAACUAGCAACCAUUGCCCAUUGUGAUCGGCCUACAGAAACAUCCUGUUUCCUGUAUUCUAAUUAUUUUGUUCCCAAUUUUUUGUUAUAUCAUGCGAUAAAAAUCAUAUUUAUUAUUGUUAACAAUGAUAAUCAUAUAUUUUUUUAUCUUUUUGUUGUAAGCUAUUCUUUGUUGAAAACCGCUUCUGCUAUUUUAGAAUGGAAAUUCUUACCAGAGGCGUCUUCCAUUGGAUAAUGUUGUAAAGUAGGCGGCUUUUGUCGUGAUUCUCAUGUCUCAUGUAUUUAUGAUAACUAGAUAAAGCGAGAGCUUUCUUAACCAUUUUACGCGUGGCCGCGGUUCAAAGUGUUUAUCAUGGCGGAGCCUUCGUUGAAUGCCAGAUGCGGCUACCUUUCUUGCUUGUAGAAGGGUCAAGUUUCCGUAGAGGAUUCUCGCUCGAGUGAUAGAGUGGAGAACACAAAGAACAGACAGGACCUUAUUCCACAUUUAACAGAGCUUUGCAGUGACCAUAGCAUCAAGCCAGAAAGCUAGCUGGCAACUUUAUAAAGGUAUUCUCGUACUGAAAGUCUACUAUGAGGACCCCCUCUGAGUUCAUGGCAGACGGGCCCCACUCAGCUGUUAACGGUAUCGGGCCUCAUCACAUGGAGGAACCUGCCGCACAAAAUGGUCACGUGAGUACGCCCACAUCUCUUUCACAGGGUGACACUGCUCCGUCGCUCGUUAAUCGGAGAAAAGCAAAUGACGUCCAUGCUAAUGGCAUCCAGUCCACCAAGGCCGUCAGAAAUAAGAAUGACAUCAUCAAUUUGUCGCCAGGCCUACCAGGUUUCAGCGUCGACAUUUUAGGAUCCCUCAUGUUGCUAUGGCCACCGUUGUGCGUUUCGUAUUUUUGGCUCGCCUGUCACUCUUACCAGUGUUCUCUCGGAGAUCUGGGAGGACAAGUGCUCAGUAAGAUAUCCGAUGGAGCCAUCAUCGAUUUCAUGAAGCAAAACUUCCCGGAGGUUAACGCCGGUGCCAUCAAGUUGUACAGCCUCUGGAUGCUGCUGCAGGUGAUUUUGUUCCUCGCGCUCCCUGGCCGUAUCAGACGAGGAACGGCCACGCCUGCUGGGAAUGUGCUUACCUACAAGUGUAAUGGCAUAAGCGCUUGGGUUGUAACGCACCUUCUGUUCUUCAUCCUAGUUAAGAAGGGUUUUAUUGAUGCCACAAUCAUUAGUGACAACUGGGGAGCCCUGAUGGUUAUCACCAAUGUGUUUGGCUUCAGCUUGGCUUUCGUCUCGUAUGUCAAAGCGCACUAUUUUCCGAGUCAUCGAGAAGAUCGGUGCUUCAGUGGAUCAGUCUUUUACGACUUCUUUAUGGGUGUGGAGCACAACCCCAGAAUUGGCCCUUUUGAUUUCAAACUUUUCUUUAACGGAAGACCUGGAAUAGUGGCGUGGACUUUGAUAAACCUGUCAUUUGCUGCCAAACAGUAUAAAGACUUUGGCUACGUCAGCAACUCCAUGAUUCUCCUCAACAUAUUACACGGGACUUAUGUUGUGGACUUCUUCCUUAACGAAUCUUGGUAUCUGCGCACAAUCGACAUGGCUCACGACCACUUUGGCUUCUACCUGGCCUGGGGAGACACAUGCUGGCUUCCCUUCAUGUACACUCUCCAAAGUGUCUACCUGGCUCGAAAUCCAGUGAGCCUGCCCUGGUGGGGAUGUGCAGCAACUCUCUUGGUUGGCCUGGCCGGCUACAUGAUCUUCCGUUCCGUCAACCACCAGAAAGAUUACUUCCGGGUAGAGAUGAAGACGAAUGGAAAGUGUACGAUCUGGGGAAAGCCGGCUCGGUACAUUUUGGCGCCUUAUGUUACCACUGACGCGGAAAAAAAGCACUCGUACCUUCUGGCCUCUGGUUGGUGGGGACUUUCCCGCCAUUUCAAUUACGUCGGAGAUCUGCUGAACGCGCUCUCCUAUUGCCUUGCGUGUGGAUUUGGUCACGUGCUACCUUAUUUCUACAUCGUUUUCAUGCUGAUUCUCCUGAUCCACCGUUCCUUCCGCGACGAUGUCAGAUGCAGGCAGAAAUAUGGUGCACUCUGGGACAAGUACUGUCAGAUGGUCCCCUACAAGAUCAUUCCUUAUGUGUUUUGAUGAAAGCUGUGGCCGACUGCAAUCACAUACAGUAUUUGUUUAUUUGCUGAAGAUUACACUGCAUCAGUGAACUAUUUGUUAUAUUGACUUUUGCUAUUGAUUUUUAUUAUUCUCGUUGCUUGUUCGCCUGAUAUUUUUUGCUGAUAUUGUAAGAAACAAAUUUUAGAUACUAGCUUUUUGGGGGGAAAUGAAGGGCUAAAGGAAGAACCCCGGGCUGCAUUGAUAUUUAUUGGGUUUUUAUUUGUUUUGUCUCGUCCUUGGACCUUGUAAGAGUGACAUCACAUUCAGCCAAGGCAAAAUAAAAGUCAUACAAUUGACGUCAA